CAAUUAAAAAAACAAAACUCUCAGAUGAUCGAGUCUUCCUAUUUCAAUGCAAAUUGCAAAAGCAAACCCAAAAGCAAUCAGAAACAAAAGAGAGCAAGGGAAGAGACAAACAACACCACUGCACCAGACCACUAGUAGCAUGCACCAGUCACCAUUGUUGGCCUUUGCCUGUCCAAUCUCAGCCACCUCCGUCUGCGGCUUCCAGUAUGUUGUCUUUGUGCAGAAGCAAAACCAGAAAGCAAGCCCUUCGUCUCUGUGCAAAAGCAACCAGAAAGCAGAAAGAAAACAGAGUAGCGAAGUCACUGUUAGCCAACUGCCUCCUCGAUCUCAGCCGUUAGCAACUCCACAACUGCCUCCCCGAUCUCAGCCUUUUGCCGCUCCCCUUCCUCUCCUUCUUCCAUUGACAGCAUAGAUUUGCAUUUGCAUCUGCCUCUCACCUCUGCCAGUCACCGUCCUCUCCUUCUUCCACGGUUCCACCAACAUAAUAGAUUUGUGUAAGAUUUUGAAAAAUUAAAUUUAUAAAUGUUUUAAUUUGUC